AUGGAAUCAAAAUAUGGAUCAGAUGUUGUUGUUGUCUACUUCACAGCUAUCUUUAUAAUUGCGUUUCUUGGAAAUGUGACGACUAUAAUUGUUGUGGCGGCCUAUCGCCAGCUACAGAAUAUCAACAACUUCUACAUUUUGAACCUGGCAGUUGCUGAUCUCUUGAAGUGUAUUGCUACACUGGCCACUAGAAACAUGCUGGUAUUUAAGCCUAGGUAUCUCUUCUGUGCGAUUGAUACCUUCCUGUCGGUAUUCUUCUUCAAUGCAUCCGUGUUUGCAAUCCUAUUCAUUGCCAUCGAUCGCUGGUGCUUCAUAUGCAAACCCUUAUACUAUCGGACGCAUAUCAUCACGACCAGAAUUGGUUAUUUGAUCGUGACGUCAUGGGCCGUUUCCUUCAUUAUCGCCAUUAUUCCGUUAACUGCUUGGGCCCUUCCAAGUGCGGCUCAUCAGAAUCUAAGUGGACCGUGUACAUACCGGUCUGUGUUUCCAGCUUCAUAUGUGUUGGUGCUUAUAAUUCUAACAGAACUAUUUCCACCAUUUGUUUUCUGCCUUGUGUAUAGCAAAAUAGUUAUUGUUGCCCGUCGACAUGCAGUUGAAAUCGCCCUGCAAUUUAGGAACAGUAAAACAGUGGAAAUAGAUUGGUUGGAAAGGAGACGGUUCACAGAAUCCUUAGUAUCACCGUUCAGACACCGGUUGAGCUCGUCCGACCGGCCUCUUACGGCAGACUGCGACCAAUCCAAAGAAAUAAGAUCGAUUUUAUACCGAAAUUAUGACUCGUGGAUGCAAAAGAGAAGAGAAGAACUGCAGAAAAUGUCACAACAAGAAAAUCAUGAUAGCGAGGAUGAAGUAUUUGACAAUCUUGACCAAGCAGAGAACUUGACAAAAGUUGGAAAAAGUUUGAGGGAAUGGAAGAGAAGGGCGAUGUUGACAGGAGGGUCAAUAAUGGAGAGUUGGGACCCUAAGGACAGAGAAAUUAUUGAAACAGAAUGUCAAAAACACAGAGCAAGAAAAAACAAAGUAGCACCCUGCACAACUCAGGAAGCUAACAUUCGAACCAACACGAAGAUACUGAGAACAUAUUCUCAACCAGUGGAAAGAAAAUCACCAAACGCUGAUUCUAAGAAGACUUUGAGACGUUUCUUGUCCUUUAAUGUGAAUGGACAGACAAAAGUUGAAGAAGGGAAGGUUGGGCCUAGAGGAAAACGCAACAUUGCCAUCUUAGCUAGUAUAUCGAAGUUCUCGGUUUUGAAGAAGGAAAAGCAAGGAUCUGCUAAAAUCAAAGUGAAGAAAGAAUUCAGAGCUGUUAGAAUGCUUGGAAUAGUCGUUGGAAUGUUUGUCUUGCUGCAUAUUCCAAUUGCUCUUCUCGACAUAAUUGAUAUAUCAAUACCAUCACUGAAGCUGCCAUCUUGGAUGUGGAAAACAGCGUUAUGCCUUACCAUGUCAAGCCCUGCAGUGGACCCACUUAUCUAUGUUAUCAUCAAGCGUCAAUUUAGGUCUGCAUUCUUAAGAUUUUGGAGUUGUGGACAGAUAGACACGCGGAUCAGGGAAUGUUGA